AUGUACACGUGUUGGUCAUCGUUGGGAAGGGACAAGCUAUCGGCUUUUCCAUUGGUUUCCAGAAGAAUCUCUCAGUUCUCUCUCAGAACCGCGAACCAAUUUGUUCGACAGCAUCUCAUCCCUCUUCCUUCUUCGGACAACAUCUCCCCUCUAGGCUCCUCCUCCUCCUCCUCCUCCGUUGGCCAGCUUCUCCUCCGCUCCUUCUCCUGGGUAUUUUUUUCAUCUCUAUUUUUCCUCAGAUCCCUCUUGCCUUUACCAAUUACCACGUAUAAAUACAACAUAAUCUCCACUCUCUCGCAUAUACUUCUUCCCGUUUUCUCCCAGAAAGAAUCAAUGCCUCUACCCAUCAGCCAUCACUGCCUGCCCGCAAGAUUGACCUCUCAUAUAGUGAAGGUUUUUUUGGCGUUAAAGGUCAUAGGCCACGAAGCUUCGAAUUAUGGGCAGUACCCUGUGGUGGUGAGCACAUGGCCCUUCGUAGAGGCUAUUAGAGCAUCCUGGCGGGCUAUGGAUAAUGGGUUCUCCAUCAUGGAUUCCGUCGUUGAGGGUUUCUUGACUUGCGAGGAACUCAAAUGUGAUGUUGGGCUUAGUGGGAGUUCAGAUGAGAACGGAGAAACUACAUUUAAUGCUCUGGUCAUGGAUGGCAUAAGUAGUAUUCAAGCCACGCAUGUGAUCAACAAGAAGCAGCCGUCUGCUGUCUCUUGCUCUCUUCUCUCACCUCUCUUAGUCUCAGAGUGGACAGUUUUGCGUGUGAAGGGCAAGGAAUUUAAAGUUCCUCCUGUCCAAAUCGCCCAGAACCCAGUUUUAAUUAGGAAUCUGAAUAAAGGUCGUACUCAGUGCACAAGGCUCCCGCUUUACGCAGGGUUUGAGAGAGGAUUAGGAAUUUAGGAUUCCUAUGAGUUUGUGGCGGGAGUAUGAAGUGGUUUCAAGACGACAUCAUUGAUAGUCGAGGCUCAUCUGUGAAAAAUGUAAGAUUUUGUCUAGGUUGUAUUGUUUUGUUAUUCCAGAAGCAUAACACUUGAGAUGCUGAUGUUUGAUAAACUGCUUUACCAUUUUCGACAAUGACAUUCUUAAAACCGCCUUCAAUGUAAGUUCCAAUUUUUAGGAAGUUUUAACGAAAAGUUCGUGGUACUGUUCAUUAUAA